CGCCAAGGCUACGACGACAAUGGUGGCGAGGAGCCCGAACGCCAAGCCGGACAGGCAGAAGGCUGCAGCCCUCGCCGCGGCUGCCGCGCUCAACCCGGCUCUCCUCAGGGAGACGCUCAAGAAGGUUGACCGAUGCAUGGCACGGCUGCAGGAGCUGCAGUACACGGUAGCCGGCGGCGCCAAGGUCGUCUCCGGCGUCAGUCUCAGCCCCCGCAGCACGCGCGGGUACCUCCGGACCAGCCUCCGGUGCAAGCAGGAGACCGUCAGGCAAGUGUUUUGGUUGUGUUCCCCCUCCGAAUUCGGCCCUAGAAGAUCCUUGGCUCACGCGUGCGAAUCUGUCUCUUACUCUGACUCUUGCCGGCGCAGGAUGAGGGGCGGCGCGUCGGCGCAGAAGAGGUCCCCAAGCGGCAAGUUCGGGGGCGGCGUCGGCGGAGAGGGCGCGCAGUGGCGACGAAUGUCGCUGCCGGCGAUGCUGCUCGGCGAGACCGUGCUAGAGAUCGUGCAGGCCAGCCAGUUCGCGCGGGACAUCGUGACGGCCGCCGGCGCUACGAAUCGGGAGCCCCCAAGGACCCCGAAACCGGCUCCCAGGACCAGGAAGCCGGCGGCGGGCGAGCCGACGCCUCUCCGCGCGCGGCGUGCCCGGGAGAAGCAGAGCCAUCGGGGUGGCGCCGCGACACGGGGCGCCGACGCCGCCACGCCGCCGUCGCGCAGCCGCGUGCGGUCCCGGAUCCAGUUCAAGCCCGUGUCGCCGGUCGCCGUCGGCCGGCCGUCCGUGUCCGCCAACCGCGUCUCCCCCAAGAACCGGCCGUGGGCAAAGAAGGCGGUGAUGUUCCCGAACCCCACGUUCCACGCCUCCACCUCUGCCGCCACCGACCCGUGCGCGACGCCGUCGCCUUCCAAGAAGCAGAAGCGGCUCUACAAGACGCGGUCCCCGGUCGCGGCCCGGCAGACGCCGCACAAGUUCCUGGUCAAGUCGCCACCGAGCGCGCUGGGAUCGAAGCUCAGGAUGCACGGGAAGGCCCUGCCCGCGAGACCCGCCGCCGUGUCACCGCCGCCGCCCGUGAAGGCGCAGGCAUCACCUGCAAAAACGCGGCGCUGCUCGUUCUCGCCGUCGAGGUUGGCGACAAGGCUCAUGUCGCCUAUCAAAGCGAGGCUGUCGCUGGGCAGGAGCAGGGACAGCGGCGUCGGUGUCGGCGGUGGCCCGAUGAGCGGGCUGAAGCAGCGGCCAGGUGUUAGCUUGACGGUGCGGACGGUGUCGAGCAAGAUAUCAUCGAGGUGAUGAUCUUCGUUUGUCUUCGGCGUCAUGUGAAGACGAGAGGGGGUACAGAUUGCAGAGAAGAGAAUUGCGUUGAUCUUCUUCAGAAAUAAGAUAUUCUCUGCUGGGAAAGCCUCCUGUCUUGGGGUGCUUGUACACACACUCGUUACGGUUAUAUGUAAUUUUCGUUGAUCCUUGGUGAUAAUACAGGGGUGGUCUCCUCGACCCUAUAAUCGAAAGGCAAUACACUUGAUCUGC